AUGGCACUCUCUUAUAUCGGUUCACUCCUUCUGGGAGCCACACUCGCAGCCGCUACACUAUGUGGGGACAAACAGCUACCUAAAGGGCAGUCCACAGGGAGCGUUUUCAACAUAUCGAUUACAAGCGAUGAUCUAGAUCGCAACUUUCUGAUCUCCAUUCCACCCGAAUACCAUCCUCAUGUUCCAACUCCUGUUAUCCUGUCAUAUCACGGGGGUGAGCGGACGGCUGAAAGCCAGUUGCAGCUUGACCAAUUGACCAAUCCCGAGUUCAACACCAAGACUCUUGUUGUAUAUCCCCAGGGCGUUGAUAACACAUGGCAAGGCGUUCCGGGUAUCACGACCAAUGACAUUCAAUUCACACGAGACAUCUUGAACGAGAUUACUUCCAAAUAUUGUAUCGAUACCACCCGGAUCUGGACAACCGGGAAAUCCGACGGGGCCGGCUUCUGCAACCUCCUCGCGUGUGACUCCGAAAUGUCAGCUCGCUUCGCAGCUUUUGCUCCCGUCUCUGGCGCCUACUACAUCGACACGCUGCCCUGUUUGCCUGCUACAGUCGAUAUUCCCUGUCAAACUUCACGGACGGAUAUCCCCCUACUAGCAUUCCACGGUGGAAACGACACAACGAUUUCCUACUGGGGUGGCGAACGGAAAAACGAAUGUUUGCCAACUAUUCCGCAUUUCAUCCAGGAGUGGGCUGGGCGUGAUCACCUGAGCGUUCGGCGGAACAAGACCCUGUCAGUAGCGUCUGACACUGUCGUUUACUCGUUUGGUGCUAGGGGGCUUGUGGGCUUGGUGUACGAUUCUGUGAUUGGUCACGAUUGGCCCAGUACGGUGCCUAAUUCGGAUAAUGAGGUAGCGGGCCAUCAUGUCGCUAGCUUCAAUGCUACCCCGAUGAUUCUGGAGUUUUUCGAUCGGCAUAGCUUGUUUUGA